AUGAUUUACUACAGACUCCUUACGAAUACCUAUAUGCUACUGCUAGCAAGUCAACUGUUACGAUAUUCUGAAGGCCUUCCACUAGAGCAAGAACCUUCAAGGAGAGACCUAAUAGCCCUAAGAGGGCUAUCUAUCAACAACGAUACGACACCUUUACGACCUCUAAUUAGGACGAUACCUUCCCCUCUUCCUACUGAAAGAUCUGAGAGCCGCACAGGUAACGCUUCGAAUGUGCUAGAUGCCAGAAAAGGUGGUGGCGCCAGACCACUUUACACCGCAGAAUUAACAACCGCAUGCUUGAGUUUCCGAGAUCUUCUACGAAUAACACCGGAGAUGUACAGGGAAAAUGAUGCCGCGGAUGGGUGGCGAGCUUUCCCCAUUACAGCGAACUAUCCAGACUGGAGAGAGAUGUUAAGAAAGAUUGGUAGAAAAAAUCUACGGUGGUAUGUGGAUUUCCAUGUCGAACAGUGCCAUGAAUGCGAAUGCAAAAUCGGAGAAGCAGACGAUGGGGGAUUCUGGCAGUUAGAAGCGAGCGGUACGCCUGGCUGCCCAGAUGAUAAAACUGCUCGGGGCUGCCAGUUGAUUUUCGGCUGCUACUGUUUGGAAGGGUUAUUUGACCCAUCUGAAGGGACCCCGGGCGUAUUGCUCGAAAGGGUUGGUCACCACCAAUAUAUCAAAGGGGGCAGGCAUAGAGUAGAUGAAGAGAGAGCGAGGCAGCAAGAAGAGGAAGCCAGGCAGGAGUGGCAUAUGGAGUCGGAGGCGUCAAGGCAACUUGCGCCCGACACUGCAGAGCCAUUUAUGCUUGAGGGUCCAGACCCCCAUUUUGAUGACAAUGGCGGAGAGGGCUCUAGUACGGGUGCGACCCGUUGGGCUGUAGACUCCGGGCGAAAUAUGCCACCACCUCAGUGGGGUUAUCAUCUUCCACCGGAUUUAAUAGAAACUGAAGAAGAAGAACUUGAGGAUAGUCGACGCAGGUAUACUUUCGGCGAAUGGGGUGGCCAUGGACUAUCUGGCCCUUAUAAUUUUAAGAGAAGCCUAGAAAGUAUACCAAAAUUAAACGAUGAUGGUUCGGAAACCACUCACAAAUAUAUCUCACAUUGA